CCAUACAUUCUUCGGCCAUUCACCGAACCUGAAUGCAGCCGAGCAUCACCUGCACGCCUCGCUCGCAUGAGAAUGUUCAACAAACUGGUAUCUUCUAUCCGUGUACGGGUUGAACAAGCAUUUGGCAUUCUGAAAGGUCGGUUUCCUGGACUAAAAAUCCUAGGGACACCCUCAGAGAUAGCCAAUGCAUACCGCACGGUCGAAGCUCUCAUGUCUAUCCACAACUUCUGUAUCGACAACGACGAUCACCCUGAAGCUAUCCCGUGGUUUGAUUGGCGCGAUCCUGAAGUUGAUGCAGCUAUUGAGCUUGCACGUGCAGGGAUCCUGGAUGAUGAAGAGAUGGGGAAUGUGGGAGGACCUGCAGAGGAACAGCCUGGCGAUGAUCUCAGGGAACUGGGGCAUCAGAUGAGGGAAGAGCUUUUCAAUGUGUUGUUCCCGCCCGAAUAG